AUGAAAAAGAAAACAAGAAAAUACCUACAGAAAUUACAAUUCGAAUAUGCCUUUGAAAGUGAGUUUUAAACAUUUUGAUGUCAUUUCAACGGUCGUCAAGGGGACUUGGGGCGCGCACAACUCCAAAUUCGCUUCCCUUUCCCCUUCAAACACCUUCCACGCAGUCUACCACCUUGUUAUGACAACCCGGUUACCGGUUCUCUAAUAAAAGAAGUUUUACACAAGGACUUCGGGAAGUUGUCAUUGAGCGCCUUCUGCAAAUUUAGGCCAUGUUCAGUUCGCACUAUACCGGAUAUCAUUUAUCCGAUAUGUGACUCUCCGCUUUUUGUUCGGAAUUUUGGCGGGUCUGUAUAGUAGGUGUGUGGUAGUGUAGUGGUAAGGAAGAGAGAGUAGGAUAUGAAAGGUCCGAGUUCGAGGUCCAGGGUCGACCCUGGGUUGCGAUUUUCUCUCUUUUUAAUAGAAAAACUUUCAAUAACAGGUCAGAAAAUGGUAGCGACCGUUUACGAAAGAGACAACUCCGUCGGCCAGGCGCAGUUUCGCUCCGUUACAGAAAUGGCGCCGAGAUCACCGUUUUCAUGUGUGAAGAGAAGCCCUAUCCAGUAUAGUUUUCGCCGGUGGCUUUGCAAAAGCCGUAACCGGGAAAGUGUGAACAUAACCUAACAGCUGUAAUUAUUGUUCUUUUAGGGGAACGAGUAAAGGUGACUUUCCUUGUGUUCUCCGGUAGAGACGAUCCGCAGUGGUUUAUCCAAGACAACGAUGCAAGAUAUAAAAACAUUAAAGAACAUCUCGAUGCAGCAAGGGGCGCGUCUUUAACCUACACACCAGACUGGAUGAACCCAAGACUUGGGUACAAAGGGUUCUUAGUUCAAGAACAAGCACAGGAGCAACCAGUACUAAUUAUAGGAAGUCAAACAAAGGAUUUACAAUCGAUGUUAUACAAAACUCUUCCUCCAGGUAUAGGGUAACUUAGAUUGGGUCUGCGCGGGCUUUUGAGGCAGAGGGAUGGAGCCAGGAGUCUGUUUUCGAAAAAUGGCGUUUAACGUUUCGUACACGACGUUAAUAAUUAAUCAUUAGUAUUUAUCAUUACAAUAUUUUCCACCCGGAUCUAUUCGAAAGUGUUAAAGAAUAAAAUAGAUCCAACAAUGUGUCUGGACUAAUAAUGGAGAAAGAGAUUCAUUCUGGUCAGAUUCUGGGAACAUUUCUACCGCAGAAAUUUUUGAGACCGUGAGUGAUGAAGUUGUGACAACGCUCAUGACGUGGAUCCGGCUUAGAACUGAAAGGACUGAACUUUCUUUCCUGAGAUGCUGUUCAUUAUAAUGUACAAAAACGUUAAAAAUCCUUACGUAUAUUACUAUUCAAAUGAAAAUCUUAAGAAGUAUAAUCUUAUUUAUUCAGCAUUUAACUGAAUCAAAUUUUGUAUUUUCUUUGAAGUUUUCCGUCGACACUACUCUUAUAGGUCAAAACAUCAUUGCCGAACUCUUACAGCUAUCUUGCCUUUAUAACAAAAGGUUUCUCCGUUUUCUUUCAGGCUGGUUGGAGGAAACUAAGUUGGAAAAAUACUUUGAGGAUAUUCAUAACCUGGAAAUACUCACCGGAAAAAGCAGCGCAGUAAACCCUGUCAGACCACCACGACCACUACCAGAAGUAAAAUUACCAGAAGAAAACGUACCCGCAAAGAAAACGAUUUCAGUUGGAGGUAGACGAAAACGUUACGCUUAUCGUUAUACUCCGUCCAUUUGGAACACCAACAAACAGUUAGACAACAACUGCUACAACUUCGCAAAUAACAAAAUCACUGAUACAUUCGCCCAGCCGGGGAGGGGGAGUGGGGCCAAGUGCCUAGUCCAAGAUGCUGUCUGUAUGAGAAAUGCAGCGGUAAACGAUCAUUUGGAAUUUUUGGAAGCAGCCAUAGGCACACCUAUACCGCCGGUUCCGAGUGGGAAAAAACAUCUGGUGGCACUUUACGUUAACCCAGGUUAAAAAAAUAUCAUUAUUUUCUCGUACAUAGGGUAUAAAAUGUGGGAGACGCUCAUAUAAACCCUUUGAACACGGCGGAAACGCACAACGAAGCCCUAGGAAGGUAUACAUAGAAGCUUAAUAUACUGUCUGGUACUGUUGUCAAGGUUCAACGCACUUUGGUAUGAAACAAUGGCAGAAACUUAAAGAUGCCAUGGCUGCUAUAAAUGCGUGCGCAUUGUAAAAUUAGAAAGCGAAAAAGAAAAAAAAGCGAUUUUAGCCUGUAUACAGCAUCACCCUCCCCUCAAACACAAUCGCGGCGAUUUUGUUUGAGAUGAGGGGCGGCUGUAUAUGGACUACGCGAUUUUCGAAUCAGCUUUGUGCGAUAAAAACAUCUUUUCUCUUCCUGGAAAAAAAUCACUUGCUUUCGAAGAUAUAUUUCUGCGGUGACCGUAAUGGUAUAGGUUACAAUAUCAAAAAUAUCACACUUUUCUUAGAACCUAAGUAAAUUGUUCUCUCUCUUUUUUAGGUAUCGAUUUUCACUUUUAUCAAAUGGACCAGCAAGGCUUGUGGACUCAUAAGCCCGGAAGGACACAAGCUACCGACCUCGAUAAUGCGAAUCAGUUGAUUUUUGACCCAAGAAAUGCUAAUCGGAACGGUUACAACAUGUUUGGUGGUUUCAUGCUCAGUAACAGAGAUGAAGUAACAAUUGCUUAAAAUAUACCACGCCAUGAUGACGUUAUGUUCAUACAUAUUUAUUUAUCGUAGCAGACGAGAAAC